GGUCGAGAGCGCGGCGCAGGGCCCUCGGAGUCAAAGGCGCCUGCCGCCGCCCGCCCCGUCCGGCUCCUUCCGGUUGUGUUUAGAGCCCUUGCGCCAAGGUUUGCACAGCUGUCGCGGUGAGGACCAUGUCGCUUCCGAACAUCCUUCUCACCGGUACACCAGGGGUCGGAAAAACAACACUGGGUAAAGAACUUGCAGCAAGAUCAGAACUUAAAUACAUUAGUGUGGCUGAUUUAGCUCGAGAAGGGCAGUUAUAUGAUGGCUAUGAUGAAGAGUAUGAUUGUCCCAUUUUAGAUGAAGAUAGAGUAGUGGAUGAGUUAGAAAACCAAAUGAGUGAAGGUGGAGUUAUUGUUGAUUACCAUGGCUGUAAUUUCUUCCCUGAACGCUGGUUUCAUAGAGUUUUUGUGCUGCAAACUGAUAACACUGUAUUGUACAAAAGACUUGAAGCAAGGGGUUACAAUGAGAAGAAAAUGACAAAUAAUAUUCAGUGUGAAAUUUUUCAAGUUCUUUAUGAAGAAGCAUUAGCAUCCUACAAGAUGGAAAUAGUGCAUCAGCUGCGCAGCGAUAAACCAGAAGAUCUAGAGAAUAAUAUUAAUGAGAUACUGAAGUGGGUUGAGCAGUGGACCAAAGCGCACAGCUCUUGACUUACAAGUCUGGCCACUUUAGAAUCACUCUUAUUAUUUCUCUGCCCACAUCAUAUAAAUUGUCCAAUUAUCAGUAAAACUUCUUAUUAAAAUCAUGCUGCAGAACUACUAGGUGAAUAGUAUAAAGCUUUAUGUUUGGGUUUCUUUUUUCUGUGAGAAAGCUAAAUAAUCUCAAGUAUAAUCAAUAUAAUGAUAUUAAAGAGAAUAAAAGCUGUCAUCAUUUAAUGCUUCAGUUGCUAAAGAAUAAAUAAAUUUGAACAAA